UCACGGUACGCUGCGCCUGCACUUGAGCUAAGUGCUGGGAACCUUAUAGGGCUUGUUGGGGGUGAUACCGGGAAGGACUGCAGGAUGACCGACCUGCGCUGUCCAUGGUGCUGAAUCGCCCCUUCGGCGUCCCCUCAGUGUAUCUGCGAGGGGACCGACGACACUGUGAGCGUCAUCCUCUGUACGACCUGCUCAUACCUGAGCGCUCCUGAACACUGGUGAACACUGGUGAUCUCAAGAAUGACGGGAAUGUACAGUUUCAGCCACCAGAUUUAGUCGGACGUUGUCUCAGUCUGCAGGGAGAGCAUGGAUGAAGGACUUGUGGAAUUAAACCUUUAAUGAAGAAUCCGUUUCGGCUCGACAAAAUGUUUCCCGAAGACAUCAUUUCUCACCCACUUCCACUGGUUAUCUAUCUACUGACCAGCUCGAGCCAAUAUUCAGCCCAGUAGUCGUUCAAUGAGGAGCAGAUUCGUUCAUUCCUCAAACGAAUUCCAACAUGUUACACAAAUGAACUGCAGUCAUUUAGUUGUCCUUCAAGCAUAGGAGAUCUGCGUUUUACUCUCAAGAGGAGCGACGAUAAUCCACCAAGACAUGGCUCAUCUGCUUGUUUUGGUCAACUCCGUGGUCCUGUUGCUUUUUGGCAGCGACAUGUUCUUGGUAGGAGCAAACCGGCCGCCAGCUCCUGUCAAUGUGUCUGUCAUGAACCUGCGGGCUGACUCGGCAACUGUAUCCUGGGAGGUUCCAGAGGGAGAUAUAAUAAUUGGCUUCUCCAUCUCACAACAAAGGCAGGAUGGACACAUGCAGCGAUUCAUCCGGGAGGUCAACACCACCAGUCGAUCCUGUGUUCUUUGGGAUCUGGAGGAGGAGACGGACUACAUCAUCCAGGUCCAGUCGAUUGGCCUCUAUGGAGAGAGCCAAGCCAGCAAGAAGGUCCAUUUUCGCACGCUCAAGAAGACAGACCGCUUCCCUUCCAACAGUUCUAAUCAAGAUGACCCCACUGUGCAGGGCCUGGACAAGUCGCGGCAUCUACAAACAGGAGAGAUGAUCAUAAUUGUGGUGGUCUUGGUCAUGUGGGCAGCUGUUAUUGCCCUGUUCUGCCGGCAGUAUGACAUCAUCAAGGACAACGACUCCAGCAACAACAAGGAGAAGGCCAAGCCGUCGUCGGAGAGGAGCACACCGGAGCAUCACAGUGGAGGACUGCUAAGGAGCAAGUUUCAUCCUUCUGUGCCAUCAAUCAACAUCAUUGAAGUCUGAGAAGAAGGAAGCCAAAGUUAGAUGUCUCUCCCUCCUCUACCGUCAAUGUAUUUUUAAUCUUUCUCACUGAUGAGAAAAUACAGCUGAAAACAAUGUAAGGUUUCUGUUGGGCUUCAUCAGUGAUGAAGGCUGGCCAGGGCUGUCUUGCAGAAGACACACAUGCAUGCACACAGUAUUUGUAGGAAAACUCAACACUGAACUACAGAUACAGACUCCAGAACCCAUCCACACAACCCGACACACAGACACACACCGUAGAGUAGCUAGCAGAACCCUACUCCUGCAGGUUGAUAGUACAUACAGUAAGUAAAUGUUAACCCCUGGUGCAGUUAACAUUGAUGUCUUUGCCAGGUGCUUGAUAUGUUAUUGCAAUACAAGACACACAAAACGACUUAUCAUCUCUGGGAGGCCUGUCUCAUGACUUUAAAUAUACAGUGUAUUUUUUAAUAUUGGCAUGUGCAAUUAGAUACCGCGUUCAUCUGUUAUAGACAAUUCAGCUAUAAAUUGAUCAACAUUUUCUCAUUGCAAAUAGUGUUAAUACACUGCCUGAUCACAAAUGUAUAUUAUCUGACUGCUGUGGGCAGAUUGUUAAUGCAGACAAACAGCAAAUACAUGUAUCUAAAAUUCAUUUUUUUUUCUUAUUUUCUCCUAAUUACUCAAAUUAAAAUUCCAUUUUCUGGAUAACAUUGUAUUUUUGCAUAUUUCAUACAUUAGAAAACAUGCCUGUACAUAUUUCAUGCAUUUACUAAAUGAACUUGCAUGCAGGUCAUUUGCCUGUAGAAUAGCAUUUGAUGUGCAUUCUAAGUUAGAUGCCAAAAAUGGAGAAAUAAACAUGAUUGCUGUACUGUGAAGCUAUUGUUUUGAUUCUUCUACCGUGUUUUACACUAUCUUUUAUCAUCCAGUGUGUUUCAUUUUAGAUCUUGUACAUUUCCUGACAAUU